AUGCAUCACUUCAACAAACCACAGGGACAAGGGUGUGUCUUUUCUUUUGAUAUUAUAGAUUGUGAGAACACUGAGAUACGUAUCACUUCUUUCAAUGAAGUUGCAGACCUUCAUUACAUGAAUAUUCAACUUGGAGCUAUAUAUACAAUAUUAGGUGGAACUGUUAAGCCAACAAAUAGGUUGUACAACAAGCUUAAUAGCCAACUUGAAAUUUUCCUACAAGAUGCUUCAAAGGUUUCUCUAUCAGACGAUGACCUUACCAUUCCAAAACAUCAGUUCUCUUUCAAACCUCUAAAUGAAAUUAUGCAAAUGACCAAUAAUUAUCUUGUUGAUGUUAUUGGAAUAGUCAUUUGUGUAGAUCCAAGCUCCACUAUAAGAAGGAGGGAUGACACAAAAGUUCUUAGAAGAAGCAUCAAGCUAAUGGAUAUGUCUCCAUGUACUAUUAAUGUUACUUUAUGGGUUCCAACCACUCAAAAGGAAGGUACACAACUGCAAGAAAUGUACCACUCACAUCAUGUUGUUGCACUUGCAAUUAAAAGUGGACGAGUCACUAAAGAUAAUGGAAAGGUCAUAAGCACUUUGGCUAGUACCCACCUUUUUACAGACCCAAGCAUAGAAGAAACAAAACAACUAAAAUCACGGCUUGAACAAAAUGGGGGUGAUGUUAUUUCAUCAUCAACAGAAACUAUAGAUGUGCCCUUACAAAUUACAAGGAAGACAAUUGUUGAUAUUGAAGAACAAACUAUGCAUUCAAAACAACCCGUUCAACACAUUGUAAAGGCAACAAUACGAUUCAUAAAAUCAAAUUCAAUUUUUUAUCCAUCUUGCCCACUUGAGAUAGAUGGUAAACAAUGUAAAAAAAGAGCUGUGUAG